AGCCAGCCACACCCCAUCCAUCUCCAUCCCCUGUCCCCCACACACCUCACCAGGGUAGCAGCAUAGUCUCCAUGGCGGCGGUCAAGAUCGCCGUCCUCCUGGCCGUGACGACGCUCUUCGCCCCGGCAGGGGCGGCGGACCCCCAACCCGCGCAGGUCGCAACGGAAGCCCAGUGCUGGCCGUGCUACUCCUCCUGCAUGCACACGUGCGACGACGGCCACGGUGUCACCCCCGCCCCCGAUGUCAACCGUUCUCAGCCAGCCGCCCACCCAGCCGUCGACAAUGGUGCAGCGGCCGCCUCCGUCCCUGUCAACUCUACUGACGGUACUGCAGUUGUUGUACACUCCACCGUCGGCACUCUAGCUGCCAUCCACAAAACCGAUGGUUCAGGCGCCCCCAUUGCUGACGGCUAUGACGAUUACAAAGGUGGCAACAAAAGUGACGGCGAGGGUUACUACGAGAAAUACUUCGAGUGCAAGAAGAAGUGCAUCGUCGAUUGCUACAAGGACCUGCCGCCGGUGUGCUACAAGAUGUGCAUCUCCGAGACCUGCCUCACCCUGCCACCAUGUAAACGAGGGGAUUGCUACAAAGCAUGCGGGAACAAAUGCUUCCACAACCAGCCCUACCCCGGGCCAAACCCGGGUCCGAAGCCGACGCCACCACCGCCCACACCUCCGAAGCCCGUGCCACCGCCACCGAAAGCCGGUGCCGAAGGCGAAGCAAAAGACGCCGUGCCCGUAACCGGCUACUAGUUCUAGUUCUAGUUGUAUCCGCUUCGAGCUAGCAAAGAGUUAUCGGUGUACGCGACGACGUCUAUGCACACAUGCAUGCAUUCAAAUAAAACUCGCGACAUUUAUAGCACAACCGUAUAAGUAGAGGGACUAUAUGAUGGCGCCCUACAUGAUUGCUACAUAUGGACAUUGAUUAGUCUAUAAGACUACUCUAGAACAAGUAAUCCAUCAGCUCUAA